AUGGCGGACGUCGAAGCAGAGUUGAGCAGAUACUUCGCGCCUCCCGACACCCCUCUCCCUCAAGAUGUCAUGACCGAACUGCUGCAUAUCCUCCAGUUGAUGUCCCUCACGCCUGAGGAUCUGUACUACAAAUGGGACAGCUAUGUCAUCAAGAUGGGCACCGAAACGACCAAACUGGACUUCAAGACGCUGCACGACUUCCGAAGGUCCAUGCAAGAUGAAUUGGAACGGAAUUCGAAGAAAGGACACACCGUGCAGAGCGCGAGCAAGAGGACCGCAGCGACGCCGAGAGCAGGCGCUGGAGGAAGCGAUGUGUUUGGCAUCUUGGACGGCAUGACAACCACGACUCCUGCGCUGCGAGCAUCAGCGGCAAAGCGAAAAGCGGCCAACUUUGACACACCAGCGUCCAAGUCGGCACGAAGCGCGUUGCACAGUUCUCCAGCAGACAGCAAGACGCCAGCUUCAGGCAAAGCUGGCCCUGGCCCUGCGGUUGCCUUUGAGGAACGCAAGAAUGCGGGAGAUGUCGUGGAAUCAAUCAAUUCGCACCUUUCAGCUAUCGUGGCGCCCGAGAUACCACCUACAGAGCCUCGUGUCAAGCUGAAGGCGAACGUGGACUUGCCUAAGUACGCCUACAAGCCAAUGGCCAUGAAGCUGUCAGAGGCCUCGGAAAUCUUGGACGAUCGAAUUGAUAGCUUUACCGACAGUGUUCAGAAGCAUUACGAACUACCUGACAGUGCGUUUGGCAACCCAGCCGCACAAUCAACAGCGGAGAUAGUGGCUGUGGGCCGAAUCGCAUGCGAUCAGCCCAAUGGCAAACUGAACGCUGCCAGCAUGGUUCUCGAAACGAGUAGAAGAAUGGGAGCAGGCAUGCGCGUGCCCUUGAGGGUAGAGGGCGUCAGCUACGAUUUCUUCCCCGGCAAGAUCGUCGCUCUCAGGGGCACAAACGUCAGUGGAGAGUUCUUUGCUGCUACGGAAAUACUUCAAAUGCCGAAACUAUCUGCAGCAGCUUCGCGACCUGGGGAGAUCGACGCCCAUAACGAUCGAUUGACGAGCGCAGACGGAGAGACACGGCCCUUGAGCAUGCUUGUAGCGAGUGGACCUUACACCAUGGAUACCGACCUCUCGUUUGCUCCCUUGUACGCGCUUUUGAAUAAGGCAGAGACAGACCGAGCCGAUGUUCUGAUCCUCACGGGGCCGUUCUUGGACCUCGAGCAUCCCGUUGUGGCUUCUGGAGACUUUGAGCACCAUCUACCUUCGAACGCCAAAAUCGAACCUGACCAGGCCACGAUUACUGAUGUCUUCCGCGUACUCAUCGGUCAGCCUCUCCAAAGACUAGCAGAAUCCGUGCCAUCCAUCACCAUAAUCAUGAUUCCUUCGACGCGUGACGCAGUAGCCAAGCACGUUUCAUGGCCCCAGGAUCGCGUGCCCAAGCCAUCACUGGGCCUUCCGAGGCAGGUUCAAUUCGUGGCGAAUCCAAUGGCAAUCUCCCUCAACGAGAUCAUGGUCGGUAUGUCGUCCCAAGACGUGCUCUCAGAAAUACGACAGGGAAACGUGUACCAAGCCUCCAAAAGCGAAUUCAACGAUGAUUUCCUGGGAAGACUAGCCGGACAUAUCCUCGAACAAAGCCACUUCUUCCCGGUCUUCCCACCCCAAGCCCGGGAGGACCUGCCGCGACCCGCGGCUAUUCCGGGCGAAGUACCAGAAAUCGGCGGAGAGGAACGAUUGGCCAUGGGCGCCAACCUGGACCUGACGUAUCUGAAGCUCGGAGAAUUCUGGAAUGUCAAGCCUGAUAUUCUUGUAGUGCCAAGUGUCUUGGCCUCCUUUGCCAAAGUAAGAAUCUCGAGCACAAGUGUUGAAUUUCCAGCCUGCUGACAAUGGUGAUAGGUAGUCGACUCCGUGGUUUGUAUCAAUCCAGGUACCCUAAGCAAGAAGCGAGGUCCUGGUACGUAUGCGGCCGUUAGCAUCCAGCCGCGAACACUUUCAGAUGAAGAACGGGAGUCGGGAGACUUUGUUGGCCACCACCUUUUUGAACGAGCCCGGGUUGAUAUUACGCGCAUCUGA